GCGGAUCGCAGGUUUAAAAUGAGCGGAGUACUGCACGAUGCUGUCGAGCAAGACGAGGCAAAGAGCCAGAAACAGCAUAGUGAUAAUCUUCGUGUACUCAGGGUGUCAGAGUGCAGAGUGGGAUGAGCGGCUGCGCCUGCUGCAGACAGGACUGCCAUGUGACAAGUUCUAUGGAUGCCAGAGGAGCACAGUGGCCUGUAAAAUCAAGUUUCCAUGGGUGGUAUGAAAAGGAGAAUGAGCCCAGCAGAUUUCAAAAACAGGACUGGAUUGUUAAGUAAAAGACUAAUUAUUGUCCCUGUGUGUAAACAGCCCACUUUCUAUUCAUAGAAAGGGACGUUUAUAGCAGCCUGAGUCUGAUUUACUGUAGAGUGCCCUAUAUUUAACCCAUUAUACAUUCAGAGUGUAUGAGCUGCCUGUGGCCUUUAGGCUGCACAACUGAACUGAUCUUUUAAUGCACAAUGGGCCCACUCCUGCAUUCUCAAUGAAAAUCACAGGAAGGGCACCACGGAGAUGGUAGAGGGGGAGGGGGCACCUCUCCACCUCACCACGUCUCCAGCUCACGUUACCGAGCGAUGGUGAAGUGGCGGAGUCAGCGCAGAGCCAAGCUGCGCCACUAAAGCCAGCCUUAUCAUCUAAAGAUAAAAGGCAGCUCGCAUGCCCAUUAUGUUCCUGCAUCGACAUUUUACAUCUCCCUGAAUUUCCACGGUGAGUGCGCACCACCGCGGGGGUCCAUUCACAAUGGGACGGGGCGGUGUGGCGCAUCUAUGCCCGCCCGGUGGGCGCUGUGAGUGACGGCGGCAGCUGUGGAGCUGGAAGAAGAAUCUUCUCCUGGGACCUCGCGGUUGUGUGAAGCGCCUGAUCUGGAGGCAACGUGAGGAGCGCACAUACCUCCAGAAAAACGGACGACAAGACUCCUUCCUUCUUGCGCCCGACAGCUGCUGAGGAGCUAGCCGAUUGGUAAGAAAAAAGGGGGAAAUACUUCAUCUUUCAGCAGGGCAGAGACCAAUCUGUACAUUCAAAGCAGAAAGGCUGUGGGCGCGUAGUAUGGGAGCGCUAUGUUGUCCAGGAAAGGACUCGUCCCUGAGGAUUAUUUGCUGACCCGUUUAGCUGAGAAUGUUCUGCAGCCCAAGUUGUUCAAGGCCAAACCGAGGAAAGCUCGCUUCGUCGCCAAGAACGGCGCCUGCAAUGUAGCGCACACCAACAUCCGAGAACAGGGCCGAUUCUUGCAGGACGUCUUCACCACUCUCGUGGAUUUAAAAUGGCUCCACACGCUCAUUAUUUUCACCAUGUCCUUCCUGUGCAGCUGGCUUCUUUUCGGGAUGAUCUGGUGGCUCAUUGCCUUUGCGCACGGCGACUUGGACCCGAGAGGAGACGACUUUGUCCCGUGCGUAACGGACAUUCACUCCUUCUCCUCAGCCUUCCUCUUCUCCAUAGAGGUCCAGGUGACCAUCGGCUUCGGGGGCCGGAUGGUCACCGAGGAGUGCUUCUCCGCCAUCCUCAUCCUGAUCGUGCAGAACAUCGUCGGGCUGCUCAUCAACGCCAUCAUGCUCGGCUGCAUCUUUAUGAAAACCGCGCAAGCCAAUCGGCGCGCAGAGACGCUCAUUUUCAGCAAGCACGCAGUCAUCUCCGUCCGGAACAACAAGCUGUGCUUCAUGAUGCGCCUCGGCGACCUGAGGAAAAGCAUGAUCAUCAGCGCCACCGUGCGGCUGCAGGUGGUGAGGAGAACCACCACCGAGGAAGGCGAGGUGGUGCCUCUGAACCAGAUCGACAUACACUUGGAUAACCCGGUGGGCACCAACGGCGUCUUCCUGGUGUCCCCCCUGAUCAUCUGUCACGUCAUCGACAAGGACAGCCCUCUCUACGAGCUGUCCGCUCUGGACCUGCAGCACGAGGACAUCGAAGUGAUCGCGGUGCUGGAGGGGGUGGUGGAGACCACGGGCAUCACCACCCAGGCUCGGACCUCCUACGUGUCGGAGGAGAUCCUGUGGGGGCAGCGCUUCGUGCCCACAGUGUCCGAGGAGGACGGCAUGUACGCGGUGGACUACUCCAAGUUCGGUAACACCACGAAGGUGCCGACGCCGUGCUGCAGCGCCAAGCAACUGGACGAGGCAGGUGGCAUCGCUCGGUUUAAACUCAACGAGGGCGUCACUUUGCGGGCGACUGUGAGAAGGCGGCGGGGCUCUACGGUGGCCCGCAGGUCCAAGGUGGAGACUUUAGUGAGCUGAUGAUCCACGUAGACCCUGUCUGCCAGCAUUUUAUAUGAGAAAUAACUAUUUUAAGUUUGUAGAGUUAAAUGACAACAAUAUUAUUUAUUUUAAAAUGAAAAUAUGUUGUACUGUAGAGCACGUCAGUAAUCAGUAAUCCACAUCACAUCUAUCUCUUCAGUCAAUGUCACAACAAGCCUUUUACUCAGGGUCGGAGUGAAAACGCACGAAGACAGAAUGCACUAAUAUAAAAAUGAGAUGGGACUGUUAGAAAAACGGAGGAAUCCCGGUGCACAGAAUGAACAGAAAGUCCAGUUUGGAUGCGUUUGAUCUUUUUGUUUUUUAAAUUAAGAGUGACUGCAUGUAUCUUGAAUCAAUAAAGGUGAAUGCUUCAUGUAAAGUGUGUUGUGGAUGGAGAAGCCACAUUAUAUGAUUUAAAAGGGACACUCCAAUGAGUCAGUAUUAAACUCCCAUAAAGUUAAGGGACUCACAAGCAUGUUUAUCAGCGUUUUAAGCCCCCAACUAGGAUUAGGCAAUGGUUAUGGUUAUGGUUUAGGUGCCUUGAAGUCAACGGUCGCAGCGCUGCCUGGAAGGAGACGUCGGGGGCUUAAAACAUCAUCGUGCCACAAGCAGAGCCUGACUGAUACUGGAGUUUGAGGCCGAUAUCAAUAUUUGUCCAGUAAUGAUCCGGCAAAAAAAUUUUUUUAUACCAAUCACUGCACUUUGGGAAUUAAAUAAUUGAGACAAAGACAUGUAGUGCGCAAGACAUUUUACUAGUAUGAUUUAAUCACCCAAAAUACGACCCUACAUGUCCUAUAAUGCAACCAUCUUUUCAUUUUGGCCUCUCUUUCUGGUCAACUUCCACAUCUUUCAAAUUGUAUGCUCCCAGUUUGCAACACAUAUUCGGUUAUAAAUACGUACUCCCCAAACUGGACUGUUUUAUGUACAGAGCUCCCGCAGUGACAGAAGCCAUUACACAACUGUUUUUACAGACUGAGUGGUACUCCUCGGGACUAGUAAACUGUGUGUAAAAUAAGUGGAGUUGCCCUUUAAAAAUAGCAUCAUGUUUUUGAGGCUGGCACACAGGAUGCUCAUGUUUCUUUCCUCUUGGAUAAUUUACACAAACCCAUUCAUACAAAAGACAGUGAGGCAAGGUGGCAUUUCUCUCUUUUAUUAGAUUAUGAUCCGCAGAGCUUAAAAUAUUAAAUUGCUUUUAACUUAGUUAAUAAUUAAAAUACAUAAAAACGAGAGCCAGAACUGAAGAACCCUGCAAAAAAAAAAAGAAAAAAAAAAAAUUUAAAAUAAAUAAAAAAGGAGAAUCAUAAACCCAAUCCUCCUCCACACAGAGGCUAUGUCUGACAGAACCUGCUUGCGAUUCUUUGUACAGUCCAAGCAGACUGUGCCUUUUCUAUACAUGUGUAAUGAUACCAUUAUUGUUAUUUCGGAACAAAUUUUCAUCUGGUAAUCUUUAAAAAAAAAAAAAAAAAAAAAAAAA